AUAUGUAUCACGAUAAAAUUAUAUAGACAUUGUUGUUUCAUCUCUCGGGUGGCCAGUCUCUCUUCUCGCAUAAUACUCCGGACCUCGAUAAUAACAUAACAAAAGCGUGAAAGCUCGGCAACGAGUUUUUAAUGUCUGCCGUGCUUAACCCGUGCAGCGUCGUCGAGUCAAAAACUCGCUGAACGUCUGUGUGUUCAUAACCUUUUUAAGAUAGUUAGUUCAUACGUACUUCUGACACGCACGCCUUGCUAUUUUUUAAUUCUUACAACUUUGCUCCUCGUUCAAAUAGUCCUUGUCUUUUGAGCAGCCCUAUUCGAGUGUUACAAUCGUGCAUUGCUAAUGCAAUGAUAAUCUUAUCUCUUCCGAUCACGCCAAUUUUUAGCCAAUUAUUAACUCUACUGAACGAAACCUCAUGUUCAAUUGAUUGAUCACUCAGAACGAGUGCUAAAUCAAGAAGUGUCUAAUUGUCACUUACAUAAGUAUACAUAAAGUUAUUCAACGAAUUACCCUCUCACAUUGGUGCUAAUUAGUAAUUAAGUAAAAUGAAAUGCCAUUACGAAAUUUUGGAGUUGCCCCGAAAUGCAACCGAUGAGGAAAUCAAAAAGUCUUAUCGCAAAUUGGCCCUCAAAUGGCAUCCCGACAAGAAUCCAGACAAUCAGUCUGAGGCCAAGGAACAGUUUCAAUUGGUUCAACAAGCUUACGAAGUGCUCAGUGACCCUCACGAAAGGGCGUGGUACGACAAUCACAGAGAGGCUAUUUUGAAGGGAGGCAUUGGCGAAGACUACCAAGACGAUUCGCUCGAUGUAUUUCCAUAUUUUUCGUCCUCUUGUUUCAAAGGAUAUGGCGAUGACGAAAAAGGAUUUUAUACCGUAUAUCGUAAAGUUUUCGAAAAAUUGGCUGCUGAGGAUGAAGAGUUCAGCAAAGGAGAUUCUGAUGAGGAACCAGCACCUGGCUUUGGUGAUUCCAACACUGUUUAUGAAGAUGUGCACAGGUUUUAUGGAUUCUGGCAAAGUUACAUUACAAAGCGUUCAUUUUCUUGGUUAGAUCCAUGGAAUAUAACAAAAGGACCUAAUCGUUGGACUGUCAGGCAGAUGGAAAAAGAGAAUAAAAAAGUGAGAGAUGCAGCUAAAAAAGAAAGAAAUGAGCAAAUAAGAAAUCUAGUAGCAUUCGUAAGAAAACGAGAUAAGAGAGUACAAGCUCAUGCCAAACUACUUGAAGAAAAGUCAAAAGCAAAUAAAAAGAAACACGAAGAACGUAAACGACAACAGUUACUCCAACGCCAAGAGCAAUUGAAAAAUCAAAAAGAAUCAGAAUGGUCUAAAUUUUCUAAUAUUCAAUCAGAACUUGAAAGAAUUGAAGCUUCUCUCGCAGAAGAGUUUGGUGAAGAGCUUACUUCUGAUGAGGAUAAGGAUAUCGAAUCUGAGGAAUCUAAUGCAUUGUACUGUGUGGCAUGCACUAAACUUUUCAAAACAUCGAAAGCUUUCAGUAAUCAUGAAAAUUCAAAGAAACACAAAGAUAAUGUUGCAAAAAUGACAGCAUCUUUAGUAGAUGAUGACAUUAACUUCCCUAGUAGUGAGGAUGAAUCUGAAAAGACAAACUCAAAGUCAUCUUUGCCUGAUGAUAUAAAACCAGCCACAGGACAUGGUAUGCCAGAUUUUUUGCUUAAUCCACCUACCAUAAGCAAAGACAACGAUGAUGAUAAAACAUCUGAUGGAGAAAAAUAUUCAGAUGAUGAAAAAGAUGAAAAAGCUAAUAGGUCAAGGCAUUUGCCUGAUGGUUCAGAACCAGCUACAGGACAUGGUAUGCCAGAUUUUUUGCUUGAUCCACCUACCAUAACCAAAGACAACGAUGAUGAUAAAACAUCUGAUGGAGAAAAAUAUUCAGAUGAUGAAAAAGAUGAAAAAGCUAAUAGGUCUACAGCGAGUAAUAUUACAAUGGAUGCACCUCCAGGUCAAGGAUACAAUGAUGACAGAAGUAAAGAAGAGGGUUACGCUAGUGAUACUCCCGAUGAAGAACUUAUAUCUGAUCAGGAAGAUGUUGUUGUUCCAAAAUCAAAAAAGAAAAAACGUAAAAAGACAAUAAGACCUGCUAUUCCAGAAGACACCGAUGACGAUGACAAUAUGGGAAUGCUUUUAGGGUUGUCAAAGAAGCAACGUAAAAAGCAACAGCAGCAAAAACUUCUUCUUGAAAAGCUCAAUAUUGUUCAAAAGCAACCAAGUCUUGAAACAGAUUCAAAAACUGUUUCACCUAAUUCCCCAUCAAAUAGUACAGAAGGUAAUCAGGGUAAAGGAGAUGAAAGUGAAGAUGAUUCUCCGCAAGAAACUGUUUCUCCAGCACCAGGUAAAAAGAAAGGCAAGAAGGCCAAAGAACUGAGAAAAGCUCAAAGACAAGCUGCAGGAGAAGCUAGAGAAACCAAUACUAAGAAAAUGUCAAAAAUACCAGAAGUUGAUCAAGAUUUAGACCAUACUUGUGUGAGUUGUAAGCAAGAAUUUCCCAGUAAAAAUAAACUUUUUGAUCAUUUAAAAAAAACUGGACAUUCUGUGUACAUACCCGAAGUUGUGAAAGUGAAAAAGUCAGAAAAAAGUGGCAAAGGAAAAAGCAGAUCUAAGAACGACAGUGAUUAAAUUUGCUCAAAAGACUUAUUACAAUGUUAAAUCAUCCAAUCAAUGUAUUAUACAAAUAUUGUAAAAAUAUUAUUAUUUUGAUUAUUUGUGAUUUAGUAAUAAACUACCUGUAAUAUACCUUUGAAAUCAGGCUUUUUUUCCAUUUUACCCAUUAUUUAUAAUUUCUGAGUACUUUGAAACAAAAGUUCUAUUCAAAUACACUUCAAAUGAGAAAUUU